AUGGCAAGUCAGAAAUAUGGAGUCCUACAAGAAAGAAGAAAAUUAGUUAUUGUUGGUGAUGCAAUGUGUGGUAAAACAUGUCUUUUAUUUACGUUUAAAGAUGAUCAGUUUGUUUCCACUUCUGGUAUUACUAUGCUUAAUAAAUAUCAAAAAAAUGUUCAAAUAGAUGAAAAAAUUAUCGAUUUUACAUUUUAUGAUAUAACUGGUAUUGAACAUUAUGAAAACUUCCGUGCUCUAUCUUAUCCUGAUACAAAUAUUAUUCUGAUAUGUUUUAGUGUUGAUAAUCCAGUAUCUGUUACAAGUAUUACUGAUAGAUGGAUACAAGAAGUUCGAUAUUUUUGUAAUCAAUGUCCUGUAAUAUUAGUAGCUUGUAAGAAAGAUUUAAGAACAGAUCCACACGUUAUUGCUAGAUUGAAACAAGAAGGUGAAAAACCAGUGACAACUGAUAUUGGAGGACAAUUAGCAAUACAAAUUAAAGCAGAUGCAUAUAUGGAAUGUUCAGCAAAAACCCGGGAAGGUAUUCAAGAUUUGUUUGUACAUGCAGCUCGAUUAUCACUCAAAAAACGUUCUCGAAGAGAAUGUAUUUUAUGUUAA